AUGGCGCCAAAUCUACACAAUCUCUUGUCUUCCCUCCGAUCUCCCAUUUUCCAAACAAUCUCCAACCCCACCUCUGCCCGCAUGGGUACAAAGUACCUCAGAAAACGACUUCGUGGCCCAUCAGUAGCCUCCUACUACCCCGAAUUGACAAACCCGUUCCCCAAACUUUCCCUCCUCAACAAAAACAUCCCAUCAAACCCUUUUGCCGGCUGGGAUGGCAACCCUCUACCAUCAGCGAUCAAAAACAGGAAGGGAAAGGUGUUGUUGGACGAAAUCCAGUGGAAGAAUGCUGGAUCGAUGCUGAGAGCGAGCGAAUUGGUGGACAGUGGGUUCGCGGAGGUGGAGAGGAGUAAGGGAACUGGGUGGUUAGAAAACCCUGUGGAACAGAGGCGUGUUGCUAGGGUGGCUAGGAGGAGAAGAUUCGGCAAGGGUCCUCCCAAGAAGGGUCAAGGAAAGAGGUCCCAGAUGAAGAAGAAGAAAUAG